AUGUGUGUGACUUGAAAGCAGAGCGGCCGGGUAUAGGUAGCGAAAUGACAGCCAAAGAGCGAGGCUCACUGGAGGAUAACGAGGAGAGAGACCAGGAGGAGGUGGAGGCUGGAAACGGAGAGAAGGGGCAGGAGGAUGAGCGGGAGAAGAAGGAGGUGAAGGAGGAGACGGCGGAGGAGGAGAAGGAGGGGGACAGAGAGGAGCAGAGAGGAGUGGAUGACGAAGAUGAGCUGGAGGUGCUGAGGUCGCAGGUGGUGCAGCUGCUCCUGGAGCUGGAGGAGACCAGAGAGGUGUCACAACGACACGAGGAGAGCUACAACGAGCUUCAGGGUCUUUUGGAGGAAGAGCGGCUGGCAAGCGCCCACCAGGCCGAGAGCUUUACGAGGCAGAUCCAGAGACUUCAAGCUCAGCUGCGUUCGGUGCAGGAGGAGCUGGACAGUCUUGAGGAGGAGAAGGCCAGCGAGCUGUGGGAGGCGCAGGAGGAACUGCGUGAGGCACAGGAGGAGGUGCAGGAGCUGCAGCAGGCGGCGGAGGAGGCCGCAGCCGAGCGGGAGAAUGACAUCGCCCUGCUGCAGGAGGAACUGUGCCGUCUGCGCGCCGAACUGGAGCGUCUGCGCGGCACCACGCAGGAGUACGAGCUGGAGCUCACCACACUGCGGGCCGAAAUCAGCAUGAAGAACCAGUGCAAGGAAGAGCAGGAGAAAGCAGGAGGAGAAGGUCUGAUUCCCAAUUUCCCACCACACUACAGGCUCCCAAUGGAGAUAUCCCAGAUAAAAAGACCAGUUUAUAUCAGCUUGAAGCGUAGGUUAUACUGGCUAGUGCUGGUCUGGCUGGUGGAUCAACAGAGCCAUGCUGUUUGCUAGACAUUAGUGAAGCCUUGUUGUCCAGCUUGAUCUUUCUAAUGAGACUGGUUGGUCAAGGAUGUCCUGUUAGCUAGGGACACCAGUAUAAUGUGCUCCAAAAUGAAUGGGACUUGUUAACCCUGUUCACUCGUAUGAAACUCAACACACUAUUUAAAACUGUGGUAAUAUAUGGAGUAAAUGUAAAUGACCUUUAAUGAGCAGUGAGAUGGUGCAAUGAGGAAAUAAUACAGCACACACUCACACCCCUCCAAACCAACUCUCUGCAAUUGGCAGAAUGGGCCCAUUUUCCAUGAGGGUGUGUGUGUACUAUCUUGCUCCCAUAUGUUUGUUUGGAUGUGCUCAAAUGCAGAAGCUAAGAAGUGUGAAAUAGUGUGAAUGCAAAUGUCUAUUUCAGGUUUCUAUAUUUAAGAAUUACAUACACAAGUAAUUAAUUAAGAGAAAGACAGAUUUUGUGUGUGUGUGUGUG